GUUGGGGUUGGAACCUGUUGCUCCGUAGUUCCGUGUUGUGCAAUGGACGGCAGUGUCCACCACGAUAUAACAGUUGGUACUAAGAGAGGAUCAGACGAGCUUUUCUCCAGCAUCUCCAACGGCCCGUAUAUCAUGAGCACCACAGCCAAUGGCAACGACACCAAGAAGUUCAAAGGUGACAUAAGAGGACCCAGCGUACCGUCCAGGGUCAUUCACAUCAGGAAGCUUCCCAACGACAUCACGGAGACCGAGGUCAUCAGCCUCGGCCUGCCCUUCGGAGACGUCACCAACCUGCUGAUGCUCAAAGCCAAGAACCAGGCCUUUUUAGAGAUGAACUCGGAGGAAGCAGCUCAGAACAUGGUGGGGUAUUACUCCACGGUGAUGCCCAUCAUCAGGCACCAUCCCGUCUACGUCCAGUUCUCCAACCACAAGGAGCUGAAGACGGACAAUUCGCCCAAUCAGGAGAGGGCCCAGGCGGCGCUCCGGGCCCUCAGCUCCCCCCACGUGGACCCGGCCUCAGCGGUGGCUCCCAGUACCGUUCUGAGGGUGGUGGUGGAGAACCUGCUGUACCCGGUGACUCUGGACGCCCUCUGUCAGAUCUUCUCAAAGUUCGGCACCGUGUUGAGGAUCAUCGUCUUCACCAAGAACAGUCAGUUCCAGGCUUUGCUCCAGUAUCCGGACGGACCCUCGGCUCAGGCCGCCAAGCUGUCUCUGGACGGACAGAACAUCUACAACGGCUGCUGCACGCUGAGGAUCAGCUUCUCCAAACUCACCAGCCUCAACGUCAAGUACAACAACGAGAAGAGCCGAGACUUCACCCGACCAGACCUGCCCACCGGAGACAACCAGCCGACCAUGGAGCACCCGGCCAUGGCCACGGCCUUCACUCCAGGCAUCAUCUCGGCCGGACCGUACGCUGGAGCCACUCACGCUUUCCCUCAAGCCUUCACCCUCCAGCCGGCAGUGUCCUCACACUAUCCGGGCCUGACGGUCCCAGCUCUGCCGGGCUCCCUGGCCUCGCUGUCCCUCCCCGGGGCCACCAGGCUGGGCUUCCCCCCCAUCCCGGCCGGACACUGUGUCCUCCUGGUCAGCAACCUCAACCCCGAGAGAGUUACGCCCCACUGCCUCUUUAUUCUCUUCGGUGUUUACGGCGACGUGAUGAGAGUCAAGAUUCUCUUCAACAAGAAGGAAAACGCUCUGGUGCAGAUGUCGGACAGCACGCAGGCUCAGCUAGCCAUGAGCCACCUGAACGGGCAGCGUCUGCAUGGGAAGCCUCUGCGCAUCACGCUGUCCAAACACACCAGCGUCCAGCUUCCGCGCGAAGGACACGAGGACCAAGGUCUCACCAAAGACUACAGCAACUCGCCCCUGCACCGCUUCAAGAAGCCCGGCUCCAAGAACUACUCCAACAUCUUCCCCCCGUCGGCCACGCUGCACCUCUCCAACAUCCCUCCGUCUGUGGUUGAAGACGACUCUUGCUUUCCCAGCUCAGAGCGAUUAAAGCCUUACAAGUUCUUCCAGAAGGACCAUAAGAUGGCUCUGAUCCAGAUGGGCUCGGUGGAGGAGGCCAUCGAGUCCCUCAUCGAGUUCCACAACCACGACCUGGGGGAGAACCACCACCUGCGCGUCUCCUUCUCCAAGUCCUCCAUCUGAGCCCCGGCCUCCGGCCUCCGGAUCCACUACACUCCCGUCAUUCCAGCAGAAACCACCGUCAAGUCUGGUGUCCUGUUAAAUUAUUAUUGUUGUUAUUAUUAUUAUUUUAAGGUUCUUUGCCUUUUUUUUUCUUAUCGCAGCCUCACAAAGAAAAACCUGAGACCAUCAGAGUCAAGUCUCAGAGAGGCUGAGAGUAAAGUCUGCAUUCAGAGUGGAAGGAGCCUUAUCUCGCUGUUACCUUUUAGCCACUUUUUGCCUUUUUUAUUUCAUUCUAAUCACAGGAUUAAAGUCAGGCCUGUAGAACUGACCUUUUCUUUCCAGAGUCGGACCCGAGCUCGGGGAGUUUCUCUAACUCGGCUCUAAGCGUCUGUAGCCUUUAAAUUAUGAGUCAGAUCUAGGACGAAUUCUUCAGAUGAUCCUGUGCCUUAUUCCUGCUGUCACCACGACCUCGACACCACCAACACCAAGAGCAGGUUUACAGUGAGAAAGGUUUACUGUCGAUGUAUUACAGAUAUAUCCAUAUUUUAAGUGUAUUUUAUUGGUGUUGUUGUUUGAGUUUUGUACUGCUGGUUAGCGUAGAGUCAAACAUGUGAACUUGAUUGUGUUUUAGCGGGUUUUCCUCGGGUCCUCUGUCCGUUCUCAUCCUUUCUUUCCUUCUUUUUUUUUAUUUUCCAAGUAUGCAAUCACGUUUUUAAUCAAACCAGAUAUCGUAGCAAUAUUUUAAUCAUUCCUUCUGAUUUCUCGUCUGCGAUCCAGAUCUGUGAAUGUUCGCUCCUCGUCUCAACGGUUUUUAAUUUAUGAUCCACUACAGCUGAAACCAAAAAAAACACAAAAAAAAACAACGAAAAGACAAAACCUACGGCCUUCGAGAUGCAAACAGAUCCGCCUGCCUCAGGUUCCUGGUGUUUCCUGUGGGAAUCUCCUCCAUUAAUCUCUUCACUGGAUUCAACCCGACGCUGCGACUUCAGUCUCAAAAAUACCCGACGUUCUGUGGAGUGCCUUCAACGCAGCACCGAGUCGCACAUCAGGCAUUAGCUCCUCGGACAGUUUGACGCCCCUCAGAAAUGUCCUGAAACCAGUAGUUUAUCUGUGUCUUAAUAUUAUAAUUAUUAUUAUUAUUAUUAUUAUUAUUAUUCUGUCGACAUUCCAGACGCUCAGAUAAACUUUUAAAAAACUCCACGUCAGAACUAGAUGUUUCCUCCAGAUGAGCCGCUGACAGUCACACGGUCGUGAUGCGUUCAGGUCCCCCGGGGUUGUUUCCAAACCCAGAUUGUGUCUCAUUCCAGAGAAAAAGAAGAAACUUGCACAUGAAGCUGGUUUUCCGGAGGUUCGUCCACACUGCGUCUGUUCCUUAAACUCAUCAUUCCAGCUCAUUUAGCUCGAUGUUCAUGAACGCGUCGGAGCUCGUUCAUGGUCCCGUCUCUUUUUAAAACCAGGACUCUGAACUUUCUAGAUCCUCUCUGGGUGGUUUAGUUCUGGAGGAAUCACAGUUAAAAAAAAUAACAUAUUACAUCAAACACAGCUGAAGCCAGAGCUCUGAUUGGUUCAUGGAGAAACGCUGCUCAGGUUCAUUGAAACGUGUGAGAUUCAUGCAUUUAAUGGCAAAUUAAAAUGUUAAAUUUCAAAGAUCCUCCUCCUUUUCUCCUCCUUUUCUCCUCUUUCUCCUCCUCUUCAUUCACCGGCACAGUGUGGGCGGGGCCUUCGUCACGGACCAAUGGGAUCGCUCCACUACAGGAGGCUUUUAGUGACUCAUUUCUGAGGUGAAACCUCUGACGCUGGUUUCUCCCAGGGGGCCUGAACGCGUCGGUGGCUUCUGUUUUUUACCAGUUCAGUGUCUGAGAGCUGAUGUCGGUUUUAUAUCUGAUUAAACGUGUAUAUUUUGAUUAAAGUGUGCGACCGGUUCUGAGCCUUACACUGUUUGUGUCACAAAGAAAAGAAAAAAAGAGAUUAAAUCACUUUUUAUCUAAAA